GAUGUGUGCAUUGCCCAUUUACUUUGUGCUGGAUCAGGGGGCUGGAUCAUCUUAUGAAGAAAGGCUUGAGAAUUUUGCCCUUGUUUGAACAGUUGGAAUUUUAUAUUUUAAUAGCACAGAAAAGGUAGCCAGUGGUGCAGAAGAUAACGGAGGCAACUUCAGAGGCUGUUGAAGAAUGUUUGUUCCAAGAUCUCUGAAAGUGAAGAGGAAUGCUAUCGAUGAUGGGAUUUGUGUAGCAAAGAAAAAUAAGUCCUUUCCAGGUGAAUCCUCUUUUGAAAAGGGUGCAGAGCCCAAAGAUGCCAGGUCAGAUAUAGAAGACAUACCAACCUCAGAGAGUGACUUAUUUAAACUAGAGGAAGGAUACCCUGAGCCAGAGCUCCCUCUGGAUUCUGUUGUGGCAGCAACCUUGGAAAAUGCAAACAAUGAGGACAGCUCUCUUGCAGAGGAACCCAUCAAAUCCUUCAGUAAAACACAACGUUGGCCACAGCCUGGGGAACCUGUAUGCGUGGUCUGUGGCCGUUAUGGGGAGUAUAUCUGUGACAAGACUGACGAAGACAUCUGUAGCUUGGAGUGUAAAGCCAAACACCUUUUACAGAUCAAAGAGGAGAAGGAAAGCUCAAAACCUGGGAGCAGUGAAAAAGCAGAACCUCGGCCUGCUUCCCCUGAUGGGACCUAUUGUUAUGAAGAGAAUGCCUUUAUGUUAAGCCUUCAAGAUGAGCAGAUUGAAAACUUAAAGCAACAACUAGGCAUAGCUGUCCAAGGUGAAGGAGUCGCGAGACCAAUUGUAGAGUUUGAACACUGUGGGUUUCCUGAAAUUCUAAACAGCAAUUUAAAAGGGUCAGGCUACGAAGUCCCAACUCCUGUCCAGAUGCAGAUGAUUCCGGUUGGGUUGCAGGGCAGGGAUAUUGUGGCCACUGCUGACACCGGCUCAGGAAAAACGGCAGCUUUCCUGCUUCCUGUUAUAAUUAAAGCUUUAGGAGAGAGAGAAACUCCAUCUGCUCUUAUUCUGACACCAACAAGAGAGUUAGCCAUACAGAUAGAGAAACAAGCUAAAGAGCUCAUGAUCAGCCUACCAAACAUGAGAACAGUUCUUCUAGUUGGAGGGUUGCCAUUACCACCUCAGCUUCAUCGUCUGAAACAAAAUGUUAAGGUUAUUAUAGCCACGCCUGGAAGGCUCCUAGAAAUUCUAAAGCAAAGCUCUGUUCAACUCCAUAAUAUCAACGUUGUUGUAGUGGACGAAGCUGAUACCAUGUUAAAGAUGGGUUUCCAGCAGCAGGUGCUGGAUAUUUUGGAAAAUAUUCCCAAAGAUCGUCAAACCAUUUUGGUGUCAGCCACGAUGCCUUUUGGGAUCGAGCAGUUGGCAAAUCAGCUUCUGCAAAAUCCCGUGAAAAUAACAGUUGGAGAAAAGAACCUCCCCUGUUCCAACGUUCGCCAGAUCAUUCUGUGGGUGGAGGAACCUUCCAAAAAGAAAAAGCUUUUUGAAAUAUUAAAUGAUAAAAAACUCUUCAAGCCUCCAGUACUGGUAUUUGUAGAAUGUAAACUGGGCGCAGAUCUUUUGAGCGACGCUGUUCAUAAAAUCACAGGCUUGCAAACUGUAUCUAUGCAUGCUGAUAAAUCCCAGAUGGAAAGAACUGCCAUAUUGCAGGGAUUAUUUCAAGGAAAAUAUGAAGUUGUAGUAAGCACUGGAGUCCUGGGACGUGGUCUUGACCUUAUCAACGUUAAACUGGUAGUGAAUUUCGACAUGCCGUCCAGUAUGGAUGAAUAUGUACACCAGGUUGGAAGAGCGGGUCGGCUGGGUCACAGUGGAACUGCAAUUACUUUUGUUAAUAACAACAGCAAGAGACUUUUCUGGGAUGUUGUAAAGCGCGUUAAACCAACUGGCACUAUUCUCCCGGCCCAAUUAUUAAAUUCUCCGUAUCUACAUGACCAAAAGAGAAAAGAACAGCAGAGAAAUAAACGUUCUCAGAAUCUUGUAACAGGUGAUAAUCUUAUGGACAUUAUUAGAAAACAUGACAAAAGCACUUCUCAGAAAUAAUAAACUGUACUGUAUUUGUAAACAUAA